AUGGGUAAAGCCAGGGUUACCCCUAUGAAGCACGUUGCCAUCCCCAGACUCGAGUUGACUGCUGCUCUCGUGUCAGCUAAGAUUAGUGCCUUCUUGAAGCGGGAGCUGGAGUUUGAGGAUAUCCAGGAAUACUUCUGGACUGACAGCAAAGUAGCACUGGGGUAUGUUACGAACGAUGCUCGAAGAUUCCAUGUGUUCGUCGCGAAUCGUGUACAACAGAUAAAGGAAUUAAGCGAAGGAGCACAAUGGCGGCACAUACCCACAGACAAGAAUUCAGCUGACGAAGCAUCGCGAGGGUUGAGUGCUAAACAGUUCGUAGAGUCAUCUAGGUGGAUAUGUGGCCCAGCCUUUCUCAGGGAGAUGAGGAUUCCAGACUUGGAUAUUGAGACUCAGGAGAUCUUAUGUGACGAGAACGACCCAGAAGUUAAGAGAGCCACGACGGGGGCCAUACGGGCUAGGACGUCUCAUGAACGGUUCCAAUACUUUUCCGAUUGGUAUCGUCUGAAGAGAGAAGUGGCUGUUUUUCUUAGACUCAAGUCUUUUUUACAAGAUCGCAAGGUGAAGAUUAACCGAUGCCAAUGUCCGGCGAAGUCCAUUGAUGAGUAUGAGCCAGUAAAGAGCGAGGAUCUUGAGAAGGCUGAAAAUGUUAUUCUGAAGUUGGUGCAAAGAGAAUCGUUUUCGUCGGAUAUCAAAGUCCUUGAAUCGGUGCAUAAGAGCGGGAAGUCGACGAGGCAAACGGAGAAAGAUCUCAAGAGAGUUUUAAAAGGCACAAGUUCGAUUCAUCGACUGGAUCCCUUCCUUGAUGAUAACGGCAUUCCACGAGUGGGUGGCCGAUUACAACGGGCAGAAUUCACUUCGAAUGUAAGACACCCUGCUGUGCCGAGGACUCACCAUAUCACCACAUUAGUGAUUCGACACUUUCAUCAGAAGACAGGACAUCAAGGCCGUGGAAUGACGACUAACCAGUUGAGGGCGAACGGUUUUUGGGUCACUGGUUGCAGUUCAGCCGUUUUGCAAUACAUCAGUAAGUGUGUGGAAUGCUGA